UGUGUUGUGCCUUCCCAGCUCCCAUCACGCCACACAGGCCAGACAUACGCACUUCAACAGUAACAACACACGUACACAGCAGCCGCCAUGCGCCUGGUUAACCUAUUCCUUGCUCCACUGGCGGCGCCGCUCGGCGCGCAAGGCUUUGUUGUACAACACCGGACGCCGCUGGUUGCGUCAUCCCCGCGAGUGGGCUCGAUCGCGCCGACGAUGUGCGUGCCUAAGGAAGUAGCAGCGGCGAUCGUUGUGGCCGGCGCUGGUUAUAUAUUGACGCAAGGAGUGCCCCCUGCGAAGGCGGCGGACAUGGUUCCCAUGAGCGGAAGUGCAACCGCAUCACACGCGAGGUGGACGGCGCGCCACAGCUGGAUGGCCUUGGAUUUGUAAGGGCUCUGGAGGCCAAGUCUGCCCCCUCCCACGAGUCUUUCGCACAGCGAGAUCUGUCGAAAUGAAAACUGAGGUGUGUUUCUGCAGCGGCGAGGUCAACGUGCGCGUGUCGCCGGAGCUUUUGGCCCGAGCUAGAAGAGUAGCAAAAAGGAGACGAUCGGUUUGAUUCUAAAAGGGGGCAGUCACACUGAAUGAGUUGUAGAUAGUAUAUGAGACGCACGUGUGGCCGUCGAAAUCGAGAGGUUGCGUUGAUGGUGGAUGAAGAUCGUGACGAGUGUUGUUAAGCCCAUGCACGUCCAGCUGCCCGUUCGAUCCGGCUGUGAUGCACUGGAUGAACCUUAAACGUCUCCGACCGCGCAGCGUGAUCCCAAGCGACAUCGUGCUACUCGGGAAGUAGGAGUUGCGCUCCCUUUGUAGUUUGGAGAGGUGCGCCCAAGGGUGUGCGCUUGUUUCAAGAAGGCCCGUGUUUCGCGCUUGUGGUGCUCCUUGCUCUUGUUUCGUGUGCCCAAGAGCCCUUUGAAGCGACCCGCUCGGAGGUUGCACACGCCAAUUCGUUCGGUGAAUGCCACCCAUAAUUAAUAUGUUUUCGCGCUUGGGUCGGACACCGUGUUGGUAUUUGAGCACCUGUUCAUACUGCCAAGUUCGUAGAUUUUGGAUUGUUUGAAGCCCAAGUUCUGAACUGCAAUAUGAGUUCUUUUUCUGCCAGUUGUUUAGCGGUGCUGUGCGCAGUUCCCGUGGGUUGAGAGAUUGCAACUACUCGUAGUGACGACGUAAUUUGUGGGAUAGAUGGGCUGAUAACAUGAAACAUGGAAUGAAAGUCAAAAACCUCCCCUGCAACACGCGCUUUCUCCCGAGUCAACAGCAAAACAAAAAUGUAUCGGGGAAAAACCCUCUCCGUGCAGCUGUGGUCGUGCACAGUUUCUCAGUAGCAGGAACACAUCGCAGAUGGUUUGAAACGUCGAGUUGCUUUUGGGAGCCAGGAAACUGCUGCGUUUAACUGCUGCUGUUGGUGAGUGGACAGUGGUACGUACGGAAAAGCGCCCAGAUGAUACAUAGAUGGGUACAUGCGUACAUGCGAUGAAAAGAUGGCCGGGGGAGGGUGCGGGUGACAGGGAGAGGAAGAGAAAGGAAAAACAAAAAAGUUUGGGAUGGUCUGCCAUUCGCAGACCCUAGCCGGUGGGGCUUCGACAUCGUGG